AAAAGCCCCAACUGUUUCCCGUUGGCACCCAGGACCAGCCACUCCUCUCUCGGGCACGGCUGCCAUGAACACCUUCCCGCUCGCCGCUCUGUGCCUCCUGGGAGCCUGCGCUGCCCUGGCAGGGGCAGUCACUGUGCAGGAUGGACAGUUCUCCUUUUCUCUGGAGUCAGUGAAGAAGCUCAAGGGCCUGCGGGAGCUCCAGGAGCCCAGCGUUGGGAACGGAAUUCAGUUUGACGGACCUGCGGUUCCCGCCCUCUGUAGCUCUGGUAAAUUGCCUGCAGAGAUCAAGCCUGUCUGCAAGGAGCCCGACGCCAAUGAGAUCCUCAGGAGGCUGGAGGCCAUCGCUGAGGACCCGAGCACAUGCGAGCUCUGUGCCUAUGCUGCCUGUGCUGGAUGCUAGGACAGCAGGGGCUUGCUGUCUUCUGUCCCUCCCCUGCAGAAUGCUCCCACUCCUGGCAUCUUAAUCUACCCUGCCCCCCAUGGAGGACCAAGGAGAGAGCAGCCUGGGAAGACCCAGCCCCUGAACCCACCGGAGCUGCCAGCUGCUGGCUGCUUCUCCAACCUGCCUCUAAUAAACCAGAUUCCAGAGUA